CAAGGCAGCGAGCCCGAGCCGGCUUUUCUACUGUUUGUGCCCGUGGUCGGCGUGGAGUGGAUGUGCGUCGGUCUGCUCCGCGUCCCUUUGCCCAAUUUGACUCGAAAUCGCUGGUUUCUCGCGCUGGCUUCCCACCGCGCGUGUGCUUGAGUGGAGUGUGUGUGUGUGUGUGUGCGUGUCGUGUUGCCGCGGUGUGAUCCUUCCUCCAGCGCCGCAGUGAGCGCUCCAGAGUCGCUUCGGCAAAGUGACAGGUGAUCUCCCAGUGCCGUGCCCGUGUGUUACUUUCCCCCCGUGUCAUGCGUAAUCAGUGUCGAAGUGCGCGUGUGUGAGUGACGUGCCAACCAUGGGGGCUCAUUUGGAUUACCCUUCCGUGCAUCGUCCUGCCCUGGAUGCGCCGGGCGACCUAGCGGCCAGCAUGGCGAUGAUGGCGAUGGUGGCGGGCCCGCAGUAGGCUCGAGGCCGCCGCCAUGCCGCCCUCCAGGGACUCGGUGGCCAUCACGUCCACCAAGGGCCUGCUCAACGGGCCCGGCCAGAACAACUGCUUCCUGAACAGCGCCGUCCAGGUCCUUUGGCACUUGGACAUUUUCCGACGAAGCUUCCGAGAACUCAGCGGCCAUGCCUGUAUGCAAGAAUCGUGUAUCUUCUGCGCGCUCAAGGAGCUGUUCGCGCAGCUGCAGUUCUCCCAGGAGGCCGCCCUGCCGCCCGACGCGCUGCGCCGCGCCCUGGCGGAGUCCUUCUUCGACCAGCAGCGGUUCCAGCUCGGCUUCAUGGACGAUGCCGCCGAGUGUUUUGAGAACAUCCUGCUGCGCAUUCACUUCCACAUCGCGUCCGCCGAGGCGGAGGACAUGUGCUCGGCGCGGCACUGCAUCCCGCACCAGAAGUUCGCCAUGACCCUCGUGGAGCAGAGCGUCUGCGGCGCGUGCGGCGCCACCAGCGAGCCCCUGCCCUUCACGCAGAUGGUGCACUACGUGUCUGCCUCGGCGCUGACGGCGCAGGCGCGCCAGAGCGCCGCGCCCAGCCACCCGGACCUCUUCGGCCAGCUGCUCAACAAGGCCGGAGGCAUGGGGGACAUCCGCGACUGCCCGUCGGCUUGCGGCGCCAAGAUCCAAAUCUGCCGCACGCUGAUGAACCGGCCCGAGAUCGUGUCGGUGGGCGUGGUCUGGGACUCGGAGCGGCCCACCCUGGACCACAUCAUGUCCGUGUUCGCGACGGUGGGCACGACGCUGCGCCUCGCCGACGUGUUCCACAGUGUGGUGGACGCGCGCUGGGCCUCGGCCACCACGCACAACCUCGUCGGCGUGGUCACGUACUACGGCAAGCACUACUCGACCUUCUUCUUCCACACCAAGCUGCGCGUCUGGAUCUACUUCGACGACGCGACGGUGCGCGAGGUCGGCCCCCGCUGGGACCAGGUGGUGGACAAGUGCCGGCGCGGCCGGUACCAGCCGCUGCUGCUGCUGUACGCCGCGCCCAACGGCAGCCCCGUGAGCGCCGAGGGCGCCCCCAAGACCAUCACCCCCGUGCCCCUGGGCGUGCACGUGGGGCCCAGCUCCAACGGGCCGCCGCCCACCUGGAACCUGUCGCUGCCGGGCUCGCGAGAGAAGACGGCCGCGCAGAUGUUCCGCCGGUCCGUGACGCCCAACCCGGACAAGGGGCUGCACCUCAACGGCCUGCCCAACGGGCUGCCCAACGGACUGCCCAACGGACUGCCCAACGGACAUCAAAACGGACUUCCCAACGGACUUCCCAACGGCCUCCGCCGCGCCGUCACUCCCAACGGGCAGCCCAACGAGUACCAGAACCUGAGCGACAUGCAGGCCAUCAUCUUCGGUCAGAAGCAGCAGCAGAACCAAUCGGUGGACUGCGUGGACGGCACGGAGCCCGGCUACAUCAGCCGCAAGGCGGUGGAGAGCGUGCUGAGCUACCAGCAGCAGCAGCCGUGCGGCAACUCGGCCAUGGAGCAGCUCGCCGCCAUGCAGGAGCAGGCGCUGGGCAUGCGCUCCAUGGGCUCCAUGGGCUCCAUGGGCUCCAUGGGCUACAACUCGCUGACCCGCGCGUCGCCCACCACCGGACUCAGCCGCAGAGAGUCCGUCCCGGACAUGGUGACCCUGAAGCGCCACGACUCGACUAGCAGCUCCGGCGGCGUGGACCGCGACGGGCGCGACGGCGUGCCCAUGCGGCCCGGCAUGAACCAGGACAUGAACGUCCCGGACCACCUCAACAUCCCGCGGCGCAGGGACUCGGGCAACUGGAGCGGCGACCGCAACAGCGCGUCGUCGUCGUCGUCCACGUCCAUGGAGAACCCCUACCUGUACCUGGUGGGCAAGAUGCGGCAGGGCGGCCAGGGCGGCCAGGGCGCGCACCCGAACGGCGUGCCGCGCAGCCCCACCAGCAUCAAGCCCGGCGAGCUGAGCAGCUCCAGCAGCGGCUGCGGCAGCGGCGGGCCCUGCGACCCCGGCUACGACAGCUACUCGCUGUCCUCCACCGACAGCCUGCCCCUCCAGCUCGGGCUCCGGCACAACCUCCAGCUGGCCCAGAUCCCGGAGGGGCACUCGCCGUCGCCGGGCCAGGGCCUCGGACAGGGCCAGGCGCUCAGCGGCGACGACUGCGAGAAGCUGUGCCGCGAGGCGGACCAGCUCCUGGAGAAGUCGCGUGCCACCGAGGAGGCCCACGACCUGACGACGGCCCUGGUGCUGUGCCAGGCCGCCGUGGGCAAGGCGCGCCAGGCCAUGGACGCGCCCUACCACUCGCCGCAUACGCUCAGCGCGGCCAGGAUCAAGCACAACACGUGCGUGAUGCGCGUCCGCAGCCUGCACCGCCGCAUCGCGCAGGAGACGCAGCAGCUCGGCGUCGCUCCCCGCGGCAACCACUCGCGGCAGAACAGCCGCGACAAGACGCAGAACAGCCACUCGCGGCAGGGCAGCAAGGACGGCUCGUACAGCCACAGCCGGCAGGGCAGCCGGGAGCUGCUGGUGGCGCCGCAGCAGCCGCAGCCGCAGCAGGGCGACAAGCCGGCCAGCAAGACCAUCCAGCUGUACGGCACACUGCCCAAGAGCAAGGGCGGCUCGGCUGCGGGCCGCGCGGCCGCCGCGGUGUCCAGCCCCUCGCCCAAGACCAAGCAGCAGCAGCCGCAGCGCGUGUUCGAGGACGAGGAGUACCUCUACGACCGGCCGGGGCGGUCGCCGCGCUCCGCCGUGCAGGGGGGCCGGCAGCGCGACGCCAAGGAGAAGCGCGCGCGCAGCGAGGAGCGCUCCAAGCACACCGCCUCGCUGCUCAGCCCCAAGGAGGUGAAGGAGGCCAAGAAGGAGGAGAAGAAGGACGACAAGAAGGACAAGGAGGACAAGAAGAAGCAGCACAAGAUCAGGCGCAAGCUGCUGAUGGGCGGGCUGAUCCGGCGCAAGAACAGGAGCAUGCCGGACCUGCGCGACGGCGAGGACGAGGUGCCGGUCCAGACGCCCAGCAAGCCGGCCAAGCCCGCCAAGCGCAGCCUGGACGAGUCGGCCAUCGCCGCGCUCGCCGCCAGCGCCGCGGGCUCCGGGUACCUGUCCGAGGGCCACCUGGAGUUCAGCGGCAGCGCCCCGAACAGCAGCAACCCCAACCUGGAGCGCAGCCGGCUCAUGAGAAAGAGCUUCCACGGCAGCGCGGCCGGCGGCCCCGGCAAGGCCCUGACGGCCGCCAAGGUGCCGCCGCCGCCGCCGCUGCGCACCACGUCCCAGCUGACGGGCAACGGCGCAGGCCGGCCGCCCGCACCGCUGCCCCAGGACGCCGCGGGCCCCACGCCCUUCCACCCGGCCUUCAGGCCCUCCGCCAGCACCAUGGGCUACGAGCCCGCGCAGUACGCCAACGGCGGCUUCCUGCUGGACGCGGAGCGCGACCGCGAGCGCGACAUGGCGCAGAGCCCCGACCAGGGCCGCACCAUGCUGGUGACGUGCGCGCAGGUGCACCAGGAGCCCUCCUUCUUCAAGUUCCCCCCGGACGCGCGGCAGGACGCGGCGCCGUGCUCGCCGCAGCCGCCGCCAGAGCCCGCCGCGGACCCCCCGCACGCCCCGCACGCCCCGCAGCCCGAGCAAGAGCUGGCCGACCUGCCGCCCUACCCCAGCCACAGCCCCAUGGGCUCCGUGUGCCACUCCAGGCAGCCCAGCGAGGAGUUCCCGCCGCCGCCGUCGCUGCUCGACCUCUCCCAGCUGCAGCAGGACCUGGAGGCCGCCAAGGACGCCAACAAGGACGCCGUGCCCGGCGGCCUGCUCGCCCAGCUGCAGCAGAAGCGGCAGGAGAUGAUGUCCGAGGCCCGCAGCUCGGCGGAGGUGGAGGCCGAGCGCGCCGCCACCAGGACGGGCAGCUGCGGCAGCGGCGACACGUGGCUCCGGGAGCUGCAGGCCACACUCAAGCUCAAGCGGACGCAGGCCUCGCCCAGCCCCGUCACCACCAGCGCCACCACCACCGCCACCAGGCCCAGGGUCAACUCGACGUCCUCGCUGUCCGGCCUCGACGACAUCGUGCCGGACAAGAGCAAGGCCUCCGUGCGCGACCUGGCCUCGCAGUUCGAGCAGAUCCGCGUGCAGCCCGCGUCGCCGUCGCCGCAGCUAGCGCAGCCGCAGUCGCCCAGCCCCGCCUCGCAGCAGCAGACGACGCAGCAGGCAGUGCAGCAGACGAUGCAGCAGGCAGUGCAGCAGACGAUGCAGCAAUCCAUGCAACAGACGAUGCACCAAUCCAUGCAACAGACGAUGCACCAAUCCAUGCAACAGACAAUGCAGCAAUCCAUGCAACAAACGAUGCAGCAGACGAUGCAGCAGACGAUGCAGCAGCAACCCAUGCAACAAUCAAUACAGCAGUCCAUGCAGCAGAAGGAGCAGACGCACGACGCGGACGUGCCUCCCACGACGGAGACGUACACGGGCUACAGCCUGAGGGAGAACCCGGAACGGGACCUGCUCUACGACACGGGGGUCGUGUCCGUGAAGCCGAGGCGAGACACGGACAGGGACGACAUCGGCGACACCCCGAGCAUCCUGACCAAGUCGCGGUCCAGCACCAGCCUGGCGGACGGCAAGAGGAAGAAGAAGAACGUGACCUUCUGCGACCAGGUGGUGCUGGUGGCGACGGCCGACGACGACGAGACGGACGGCUACAUCCCCAACCCCAUCCUGGAGCGCGUGCUGCGCUCCGCCUUCAAGCGCGACAAGGACAAGGACUCCGCCUGCUCUGCCCCGCCGCAGAGGGAGAUCAGGAGUCUGAAGGACGAGGCCCCCAUCGCGGACUCGGUGCAGACCAAGCAGGACAUCGAGCGCGCAGAGCAGCUGGAACUCCAGCGCCUGCAGCAGCAGCACCAGCAGAUGAUGCAGCAGAGACAGCAGCAGCUCCAAAGGCAGCAGGCGGCCGCGCAGCCGCAGCCCAGCCCUUCGCCCUUGCCGCCGAGUGCAAGCCAGUCGCAAGGGAGCCAGCAGACGCCUGCAGCCAGCCAGCAGGGCGCUCCCCCGGGCGCCCCGCACCAGACGCCGUCGCCCAGUGCCCAAGGCCCUCAAGGCCCGCAAGGCUACCAGCAAGCCCAGCCCGGGUUCCCGAGGCCGGGGCCGACCGGGGUGUACCAGCAGCCGCCGUACCAUGCGGCCCACGCCGUGCAGCUGGGGCAGAAGAUGUACGCCACGCAGCCCAACCCCGCCGGCAGGCCGACCUCACUGCAAGCCGGCCCUGCCCAGCAGUACACCACCCAGAGUCCUACCGGCCCUCAGCCCAGCGGGCCCUUCCACCACGGCCCACCCGGCGGACAGCCCAACGGGCAGCCAAAGGGACAUCCCAGCGGCCUGCCCAACGGCCUGCCUAACGGUCACCCCAACGGUCUGCCUAGUGGUCACCCCAACGGCCUACCUAAUGGUCACCACAACGGACACCCGAACGGUCCAUCCAAUGGUCACCCGAACGGACACCCGAAUGGACACCCGAACGGUCUACCCAAUGGUCACCCGAACGGGCACCCGAAUGGUCUACCCAACGGUCACCCGAACGUCCACCCGAACGGUCAGCCCAAGAUGAACGCCCCCGCCUACCAGCACCAGCCGCGGCCUGGCCCCUCCCCGGGACCGACGUCCGCCCCCACCGCCAAGCCCGGCCCACCCUACCAAGGGUCGCCGGCCUACCAGCCACCCCCGCAGUACCAGCCGCCGCCGCAGCAACCCCAACAGCAGCAGCAGUACCACAACGGCAGCGCUCCGUACCAACAGAGUCCGUACCAGGCCGUGCCGCAGAGCCCCUACCAGCCUGUGCCCCAGAGCCCCUACCAGCCGGUGCCGCAGAGCCCCUACCAGCCCCUGCCGCAGCAGCAACAGCAGCCAGCGCCCGGACCCUACCAGCACGUCCCACAGGGGCCGUACCAGCCCGUCCCUCAGAGCCAGGGGAACCAGGGGCAGAACCAGGGCGCGUACAAUCACCCCCCUGCGCACGCCACCAACUACCAGCCCGUGCCGCAGCAGCAGGGCCCCCAGUCCGGUCCCUACCCACCGCAAGGGUACACCCCCCAGGGGUACGCUCCUCAGGGCCCCCCGCAGGGCUACGGCCCUCCGCAGGGCGGCGCGCCGCAGGGCCAGCAGGGCCCGCAGGGCUACGCCAAGGGCAACAACUACUACCACCCGAGGCCCAGCCCCGGGGACGGCCCUGAGCAGCACCCCGUGUACAACUACCCGCCUGGCCCCAACGGCCCCAAUGGGCCCAACGGGCCUGGAGGCCCCAGCGGCCCCAACGGCCCCAGCCAGCCCCAGGCCGGCGUGUACCAACGGGCACCGAACUCCUUCCCCCAGCGGCCCAACGGCGCCGUCCCCAACGGCCACCCGGUCGCGCCGCCCAGUGGACACCCUAGCGGACCAAGCAACGGCCAUAGUAAUGCUUCUCCGUGCCAUCUGUGUAGAAAAAAGGUGGUCGCCCCGCCAGCCAUCUACUGCCCCGACUGUGAUUUUUACAUGUCCCGAUUCAAGCCCAAGGACUAGGGAGAGCGGGAAAGUAUUGUACUGUAUGUAGAAAGUAAGCAGCAGGGACUUCAACUCGAAGCAGCAUGUCUUGCCGUACACAAUAUGGGGGCAUGUGGAGAGCUUUGAGUUGGAGUCUCUGCUCGAAAAAAUUUAUUGGAUUACAUUCCGUCCUGUUAAGACUCAAUGUGAUCAAAGUAUAAAGUACAAGUUAAAAUUAAGUUGCCUUCAACGAGAUUAUAUACUCAUGUACUUUUUGAGAGAGUACUUAGAUAUUUAAUAACAAAUGAACUUAUUGUGAUGUCAGAAAUUAUGUUUUUUAAAUGGAUGAUGAUUAUUGAUGUGUAACUCAAACAUGCCAGUAUUUAUUUUGUUAUGUUGACAAAUUUUUAUAUUAUACCUAUAGUGCUUUGUACGUACUGUAUUCUUACUGUAAUGUUAAAAAGAAUCAUGAAUUCCUUGAGAGAAGUGUUGUACUCCUGGGAUCUGUUCCUGACAGCUGACAUCUUAUGUAUUUUAUUUAAAUUGUGUAAAAAUAUUCUGUAAAAAUUGUAUGUUUUUAAGACAGUUCUUUUUAUACAUUUUGAUCUUUAACAUUGAUCUCAAGACAUCUGGCCAGUAAGUUUUAUUAUGUGUUUGUAUGAUUCUUCACAAACUGUUAAUAUUAGUAAUAAGUAUUUUUCAUGGUUGUGAAAAUAAGCUGUGCUUCGUUUUAGAAGUGCUUAUAGGACAAGCAAAAGAAAUACAUUCUAUUUAAAAUUAA